AUGCGCGCGACGCUUCGUAGGUCCUGUGAUGCCUGCGCAAAGUCGAAACAGAGCUGUGAUCUCCAACUACCUCGGUGCUCUCGAUGCUUCAAGAAAGAUUCUGCCUGCUUUUAUGCGAAUGAACCUCUGUUUUCAUCCCGGAAUAGAAGAGCCCCAUUUUCUAAGACCUCAGAACUCAAUAAGCAAGACAUCAAUAGCGAAAAUGAAGUAACUUCGAAUGGCAAGAGGAGCACACCUGACUCUGUUGAAAAGUCAGUACGACUGUCCGGUGUGGCGGAUGCGUCUUUCGAUCCUUUCGAUUCGUAUCCUCCGACCAGGCUUCCGCGGCUCCAUGUCCAAAGGCUUAUUCAAUAUUUCUUGUCCAAUAUCGCCUUUCGGUAUUAUCCCUUGGAUCUUAAUAUAGAAUCAAACCCGUUUGUUGUCCAGUGGUGGCCGCUUGCACUCGCGGAUCCGGCAUUAUUUCAUGUGUCUUUGCAAACGGCAUCUCUUGACGAAGAAUUGCGGGCACAGAAAGGGUUUCCAAUAUCGGAACUUCUGAUGAUUGAUUCAGUGUCCCUUUUGAGACAAAAACUCGAAGACUCGUCACUGGCAUUCGAAGAUGAGACCAUGGAUUCAGUUGUUACCUUAGCUGCUAUCGAGCAUGGAAAAGGGAAUGUCGAAACUAGUAGAGCUCACAUUAAUGCUGUCAAGCAGAUGGUAAAUGUUAGGGGCGGAAUCAGUGAGCUUAAACGAACAAGUCCGUUAACGGCGAGGAUGAUUUCUUGGGUAUCAAUGCUAGUUACAGAGGCUCCUCAAUUCCAAAUCCAAGACGAUUCUGGCCUUGGAAACGGAAUUGCUCCUACACCACAGUGGCGGUUAGCAUUGACAGGCUCCGAUCUCCAACAUCUGUCACUCCAUGAUCUUAAAAUCGAUCCUACUAUAAGCAACGCACUAGUCCGUCUCCGGACAAUAUUUCGCCAUGAGCGAGUUUCACACAUGACUAGCACUGAUCUACAUGAUCUCGCGUGUUUUGUACUGCAUAAGCUGCUACUGCUGUCUCCAUUAUCCUCAGAGAUUCCUGAGCAAUCGGCCGUUUCCGAAUGCAUGAGGUAUGCAAUAGCGCUUUAUAUGUUGUCUAUACAUGGAACUACCUACUAUUCCCAUGACAAUCUGGCAAAUGACAUGAUACUGAAACUCAAACGUCAUAUUGAAGCCCUAGUAGGAACAGACUACAUGAACAGUUCAGCAGGAAUAUGGGUUCUCUCUGUUGGUCUGGUCGCUACCACUGGCACACCUUAUCGAAAGUGGUUUAUAGCUCAGACAUGCACAGUUGCCAUGGCUCUCGGCUUACACACAUGGGAAGAGGUCCUCGUACGUCUAGAGACAGUAUUCUGGACUAGAACCCAGCAGGAAGAACUUGUCCGACGGAAAUGGGAGGAGAUAUUCAAACUCUUGACGGAUUGA